CUCUAAACACCUUUUAUCCCACUCUCUCAUUCCCAUUCUUCAUAUUCUCUCUCUCAAAAAUAUGAAGAGAUAGAGAGAGUUUAAUUAAACCAUAGCUCUCAAAUUUUGUCUAUGGCCAUUAGCCAAACCAUGUCAAACCCUAGUGAUUGGCUUUUCCAACCCUACCAACAUGAUUUCUCUCAAAUCAACCAAACCUUCCAAACUAAUUCUCCCACCACCACCUUCUUCGCCGCUAACGGCUCCAGCAGCAGCAACAACAAUAACAAUAACAAUAACAACAACAGCAACAACAACAACAACCUGAUCCCUGAGCAAGGCCGUGUGGCCAAGCCAGCGAGGAGGCGGUCGAGGGCCUCAAGGCGGACCCCCACCACCCUCCUCAACACGGACACGGCCAACUUCAGGGCCAUGGUGCAGCACUUUACCGGGGGGCCCGCCGCCAGGCAGCUCCUGAUUCCCAGCCGUGGAGGCGCCGCCGCGAGCUACAUGGAUCGUGUGGCGGCCGGCGGCGGUUUCCACGUGCAGUAUCCGCAGCAGCAGCAGAAUAUGUUUGUGAUGGACGGCGUGCAUGGCGGCGGCGUCGGUGUGCCACCGCAGGCGGCGGCGGGGAGCGGGAAUAGGAUUAAUUAUGAAAACUUUAUGGUUUGAUUUAUGGGGAAAUUAGGUGAUCAUCUUUGCUGACUUUUCGUUGUAAAUUCUUCUUCUUUUUUUUUCACUCUUGACUAUAUGGAAAUCUAUGAAUCAUAGUAGGUGUACUGUGUUUUUUUUUUUUUGCCCUUUUUUUUUGGGGGGUUUGGUUUUGUUGAUUAAAAUGUAGCAUUCCUUAUUGGACCUUUGGCUCCUUUUGUUAUGAAAAGAAUAUUGUAUGUUAUUUUAGGACAUUAUAAUAUAAUAUAAUAUUAAAAUUUUUA